ACGCCUUUCGAGCAAACCAGUCAGCCAUGAGCUACCAGAAUAUCCUAGGCUUUCUGCUCUUGCUGACCGCUUCUUCGCUCAACGCGUCUGGGGAUCAAAGUCGCUAUCGGCUGUAUUUGCAAACAGAUUACGCCUUGCAAACAAUCAGCACCCAGCUAGUUUCUCAGGCAACCGAGCUGGUGGACUAUGUGGUGGAAGACCUGCUCGUCUUGGACUCCCGAAACCCCAUUCUGCUGGGCUAUUUGGAUCGCUUCGACGCCUUCACUGCCGUAGCUGCAAACAGGACCGAGCAGAAGCUCGAUGCCUUCUACGUCGUGAUUGAGGACUACCUAGAUGCGGAUACCACAGGAGACCCACUGAGGACGUCCAGCAUCGAGACCCAGCUGAUUGCCCUUUGCCUGCAGCGCAACGGGUUCGACCGAUGGAAGCGAACGGUCCAGACCCGGACAGCCCAGCUCCAGAAGCUGAUAUACCGAAAGGUGAGAAUGCACCUGGAGUCCAUAGACAGGGAGGACCGAAUGGCUGUGGAGCGCCGGUGGAGGAGAGUCCUAACUCGUGGCGGAGCCCGCAGACUGGAGAAGCUGAGAGAGUUCGUCCAGUGGCUGGGAAACUUUAGAGAUUAGAGGUUGGCGGCCAGGGUGAACGAUACGCCGUUUAGUGAUAAGAAGAGUGAUAAACACGGAGUAAGAAAUGUUUGUGGCUUAAUCAUAACCAGCCAUGACCUCGAGGUAUUGUCAAUGAAAAUAACAUAAAAACGGA